GCUCUCCCCGAGCCUUCAGCGUCCGCCUGCGUUUCGGGCGCACGCGUCUAUCUCGGCGGAGGUAGAGCUCCGCCCGAGUUCUAGUGCAAGAAGGGCUUAGCCAUCCAAGGUCCUCGACCCUACUUUAGCAAAGGCCACGGGGAGCGAGGGGUGAUCUGCAAGAACCGACACCCAGUGUCCGGCUCCUGCUGGGGGCGGAGCCAGAUCAGAGCGACAGGCAAUCGGGCCAGUGCCGGGCAGGCUCUGGGCCUGACAGCCAAUCGGGAGCCAAGAGCGCGGAGCGGGCAGAGAGGCGAGGCACUGGAGCAUGGGGGACCCUUGGGGCUACUCGCCUCGGCCCCACCCCCGCGGUGGGUCCAGGCCCCGCUUGUCCCGGCCCAAGCCGACUGAGCCGGCACUCACGGCUGCCGGCGGUGCGCUGUAGCUGGCCCCGCCCCGGCUCGGAGCGCACUGGGAGGGCGGACCUGGGGUCGGACCCGCAGUCCCCGGCCCUGGCCUCCUGCCGAUCGCCAUCACCCCUAGCCUCUCCGGCUGAGCUCGGCGUCCCAGAGAGGAUUAAGUAAGUGCUGAGGUCGCAGCUUCUGUGCAAGAAUGGAGGAAUCACAGAGUCGCAGAGCGGGGAUGGGGAUUGGAGCAGGGAGGACUGAAGAACCUGGUAGAGAACGACUCAGGAGAACUGAGACACAGAAGUGGAGUGACAUGCCUAAGGUCAUCUGACUCUUGGGCAAGUGUUUCCCUCCAGGAAAGGAAAAAGCUGCAGUAUUUUUUUCUCCAAGCAGGAGCACCCAAGGAGCCAGGGAGCUCCCUUUAUCCAAGGAGGUGGCAACCUGCAAGUAUAGUUGGGGGGGGCCACAGUCUGGAACACUACUGAUGUCAGAAUCAAGUUGGCAGGUUGGCUGACCACAGGCAGUCUCUCAGCCAGGGCCCUCUCAGCAUCAGCAUGAACUCCAGGAUCCCAUCUGCCAGGGGCUGGUUCAGCAGCCGCCCACCCACCUCUGAGCCUGACCUGGAGCCUGCCACAGAUGGGCCAGCUUCCGAGACCACUACCCUCAGCACAGAAGCUACCAGCUUUAAUGACACCAGAAUCCCUGAUGUGGCUGGUGGCACAGCUGGUGUGGGCACAAUGCUUCUGUCCUUUGGGAUCAUCACAGUGAUUGGCCUGGCUGUGGCCAUGGUUUUAUACAUCAGGAAGAAGAAGAGGCUGGAGAAGCUCCGCCACCAGCUCAUGCCCAUGUACAACUUCGACCCUACGGAGGAACAAGAUGAACUGGAGCAGGAGCUGCUGGAGCACGGGCGGGACGCUGCCUCCAUGCAGGCUGCUGCCUCUAUGCAGGCCAUGCAGGGCAAGACCACUCUCCCCUCUCAGGGCCCACUGCAGAGGCCCAGCCGGCUGGUGUUCACCGACGUAGCCAAUGCCAUCCAUGCAUGAGUGCCCCGGGGACAGGCCUGGACUUCUGAUGAAGACACCUGCCACAGUGCCCAUUGAGCUGCCCACUCCGUGAUUGUUAAGACCUACUCUCAGGACCUGCCCUGCCAAGGCCCAGCUAUUCCCAGGACCCACCUGCUGACUCUCCAGGCUCUAAGAGAGGCCCUGGCCAGGCAGGCUGGACAUCUGGCUACUGAUGUCCCCUGAUCUGAGGGCCCUGGCAUGGAGGGCAUCCCUCAUGUCAGGAAGGUUGAGAGCUAUGCUAGCUUCCUUGUGUCCUCCCCAGACUCCUUACAUCAUGGUCUGCUCCUCUAAUGUGGAGGAAAUGGGGGGGGGGGGGGAGAGACAUGGGAUGGGAGGGGAAAGGAGAGAGGAGUAGGGAGGGUUUCCCCUUUGUCAGGGAGAGACCUGUCUUCAGAAUCUGGAGCCUCCUCUACAGUGCAGAGAGGCAACCAACUGGGUCGCCCCAGGAGAAGCCCAGGGAUGAAGCAAGAACUGCCAAGUGGGCAAGGAUGCCAGGAAGAGGGCUGCUCCUACCCAAGGCCCAUCUGUAUUUUGGAGGGUCCAUAAGGCCUCCCAGCCACCCUCCCUGGCAGCCAGCUGUUGGCUGGGAAAGAGCAAAGGAAGUAGAGGAAUGGGUAUAGAGGGACACAGUGCCUGGACCUGCUGAAAGGCCUCAGACAUGUGCGUGAAUGUGCCCAUGUGCAGGGUAGGAUGUGCGUAUCCCAGCACAGGGUAGGAUGAAGACCUUCUGCAUGGGCCCCACCCUCCAAGUCCACCCCACCCCUUGAUGUGUGUGGGAGCACCAGGAUAGGCCACCUUCUCUGCCUUCAGUGUUUGGGACUGAAGGGAAAGGAAAGCCAAGGUGAAGGUCCUGCUGCCCAUCUCAUCUCUUCACUGGGCUCUACAAGCCAGGUAACCUGCUUCUGAAAAUGGUUCCCUGUCCUGGUGUAUAUUGGGGAUCUAGGGUUGUGGGAGAGGCUACUGGUCUGAGGGCAGUGGUCACAGGCUGUGGGCUAUCUGGGGACUUCUGACUGCCUGAAACGGGGUGGGGGUAGCCCCAUGGGAAACAGACCUAUUUGAUAGCAUUUGAUAGCAUAGCCCACCCACCCGUUGUCUACCCACCCCACAUCCCUCAGGAAUUCUACCAGUCUGGGGCAUGUGAGCAAGGCAUGGGGCUUAUCCAGACCCCAGGAACUGAGCAAUUUUCUACUCUGAGCAUGCAUGCGCACGUGAGCAUGCACAGAAGCAUGACCCCAUGCCCAGCCUCGCCACCAUUGCUGUCCUCCGCUUUCUGGAGGGGAUGCGGGGGCAGCAGCACAGACCUUCUGUUGGGCAAAUACCAUGUGUCAGGAUGUGAGGGCCAAGGAGGCCCGUGUAGGGAAGAUUUGGGAUGUGUUCCCUCCUCUAGAUGCUAUAAAUACAUUAGCACUUGAACCAACUGGAGGGCUGUGGGUAAUUUAGGAUGCACAGACGCUGUAAUUUAACUCACAGCAUCUCCAUGUGAGAGCAUUAAAGAUGUAAUUAAGAUGUUUA